UUCCUCACCCAAAGUCCUAUUCAAUCAUCAGCAUCAUGUCCGAACAGCUGACUCUAUACCUUCACAAGCCCUUUAGCCAAAAGGUCGAACUGGCUCUUAUCGAAGCUAAUGCACCCUACAGAGGGUACCAUGUCGAUCUAGUCAACAAACCAGAGUGGUUUACUAGCAAAGUGAACCCGGUUGGCAAGGUGCCCACUGUAACAUACGGGGGACCCAGUGUCGACCCCGAGGAACCUUCGUCCUUGUCCGCUAAAAUCACGGAAUCAAAUGUCAUCCUUGAGUUCUUGGCGGACCUUUAUCCAGAUUCUGGGCUCCUGCCGAAUGAUCCUGUUUUACGUGCCAAAGUCCGUUUCUUCAUUGAUGCGAGCACUAAACAGGUCGAGGGCCCGCUUUACGAUUUCCUCCGAGGGCACGGGUCAUAUGAAAAUGUCCUGAAAGGCAUUGAAUUUGUUCAGGGUCUUCUCGAGGAGAGUGGAGAUUUCGCAGUUGGAGAUCGUUAUCACCAUUGCAGAUGCCUGCAUCUCUCCGCACCUCGCAAGGCUCAAGAUCAUCACCUGAGACUGACAUAGGUAAAGUACCCGCACUGGCACCUUUUCCGAAGAAGUUGACCCUGAUUAAUUGAACUAGGCCAAUUCCCUGUCGGUUUG